UACCACUCUCUCUUUCAUUUGGGAGCAUUUUGUUUUUACAGAGGGAGGCCGAAGAGAAUCUUCCAUUGCUAACUGAUAAGGAAGGGAUCCAAGUUACGAUAAGAGAUGUGAACUCGCACAGAAAAUGGGCCAUGAAAUACAAGUACUGGGCAAACAACAGAAGUAGAAUGUAUGUGCUGGAAAACACAGGGGAUUUCGUUAGACAAAAUGGAUUGGUAAUCGGAGAUGCAAUGACCCUUUACGAGGAUGAAUGCAAGAACCUCUACGUGACAAUACAAAAAGGUGAGAAGCAUUCAAGCAUGGAAGAGAAGCAGAGAAUUGUGCAUGGAGAAGAGUCAGCCAAAAUUUACACAAACAAUAACAUUACCAUUAAAGACGAAGAAGAGGAAGCAUCUUUAGCUCUAUUGAUUGAAGAGCUCAAACCGCCGCCCAAUCUCACACUCUCACACAGCUCCGAUUCCGGCUGCACGACAGCCAGCUUCGAAAGAGGCUGCUACAUCACCCGCCGCCAGUCCACGGCGGCGCGUGGGAAAGGGAAGGAGGAGGAUUUAGACCACUACCAAAGUAUAAAUAAUAAUUAUAAUAAUAGUAAUGGGUUUGAGGAUUGCUUUGGAGGGCUGGAUCCGCUGCCGGAAGUCGGUCGAUUCAACUGCUCUCUUUUCGACUACUUAAGCAACGACAGAACGUAACGAACAACAACCCCACCAGUCACUUUUAUUUUAUUUUAUGUGAUAUUUUAUUACAAAUUUGGAAUGGUGUACUCGAUCGGGAGUGCUUUAUGAAUAUUUUUUUUUACUUAUAAAAAAGGUUACUAAUAUACUCAUGUUGGAACUUUGCAAUAGAGAUUUGGAAUUGGAUCUUAAUUGAGA